GGGUGUGUCCAUAAGCAGCCUCAGCUGGGGUGCCUCCUGCUCCAGGCAUGAGUCAGCACGUAAGUAGUUAAGUUGGCAAGCCUUGGCUUCCUUGGCUUGAGCAUCCAGCCUCUAAGAGUUAACCUGCAGCACUGCUGGGAAGAGCAGGGACCGAGGAUACAGAAGCAUCGGGCGCUCGCUUGCAGCAGGAAUGACAGGCGGUUUUGAACAGACAUCUGCUGCAGCAGGUCUGGGAGAAAUGGCUAAACGCAGCUUCUCCAUGUUAGAGAUGUUCCUGAUUUUCCUCCUUGUAAUGAUGACUGCGGUCACGGUGGCCCUUCUCAGCCUCUUGUUUAUCACCAGUGGGACCAUUGAAAACAACAGAGAUUCAGGUUAUUCAACCACCCAGAGCCCUCAGGCCACCCAGAGCCCUCAGGCCAAUGAGAGCCCUCUGGCCACUCAAGACUCCACAGCCCCUCGAGGCUCAACACUGACCCAGGGCCACAUGGCCACCCGGAUGUCUCCAGUGACCAGCACCCUGGAGACCACUCCAUUUCAGAACUUCAGUGGCUACCAAAUUGGUGUUGGGCGAGCUGACUGCACAGGACAAGUGGCAGAUAUCACUUUGAUGGGCUACGGCAAAAGUGGUCAGUAUGCUCGGGGCAUCCUCACAAGGUUGUACAGUCGUGCUUUCAUCAUGGCGGAACCUGAUGGGUCAAAUCGAAUGGUGUUUGUCAGCAUCGACAUAGGCAUGGUAUCCCAACGACUCAGGCUGGAGGUCCUGAACAGACUGCAGAUGAAAUAUGGCUCCCUAUACAGAAAAGAUAAUGUCAUCCUGAGUGGCACUCACACACACUCGGGGCCAGCCGGAUAUUUCCAGUACACUCUAUUUGUGAUUGCCAGCGAAGGAUAUACUAAUCGAACUUUUGAGUACAUAGUCAGUGGCAUCGUGCAGAGCAUUGAGAUAGCACACACAAAUAUGAAACGAGGCAGAAUCUUGAUCAACAAAGGAAAUGUGGAUGGUGCGCAGAUCAACCGAAGCCCUUACUCUUACCUUCAGAAUCCCCAGUCUGAGAGAGCAAGGUAUUCUUCAAAUACAGACAAGGAAAUGAUAGUCUUGAAAAUGGUGGAUUUGAAUGGAGAUGACCUGGGCCUUAUCAGCUGGUUUGCUGUCCACCCAGUCAGCAUGAACAACAGCAAUCAUCUUGUAAAUAGUGACAAUAUGGGCUAUGCAUCUUACCUGUUUGAGCAAGAAAAGAACAAAGGCUACCUACCCGGAGAGGGAUCGUACGUAGCAGCUUUUGCUUCAUCAAACCUGGGAGAUGUGUCCCCAAAUACUCUUGGCCCGCAUUGCAUCAAUACAGGAGAGUCUUGUGACAACCCCAAUAGCUCUUGUCCUAUUGGAGGGCCUAACAUGUGCAUUGCUAUGGGACCUGGACAGGAUAUGUUCGACAGCACACAAAUUAUAGGACAGAUCAUAUAUCAGAAAGCAAAGGAACUGUAUGCCUCUGCCUCCCAAGAAGUUACUGGACCAUUAGCUUCAGCUCAUCAGUGGGUGAAUAUGACGGAUGUCACCGUCUGGCUCAAUUCCACACACACCGCGAAAACGUGUAAACCAGCACUGGGCUACAGUUUUGCUGCUGGCACCAUCGAUGGAGUUGGAGGCCUCAAUUUUUCGCAGGGGGCAAUGGAAGAGAAUCCGUUUUGGGACACCAUUCGGAAUCAGCUCCUGGGCAGUCCAUCUGAAGAAAUCAAAGAAUGUCAUAAACCAAAGCCAAUCCUUCUUCACACUGGAGAGAUGUUGAGACCUAAUCCCUGGCACCCAGAAAUUGUUGAUGUUCAGAUUAUUACUGUUGGGUCCUUGGCUAUAACUGCCCUCCCUGGGGAGUUUACGACCAUGUCUGGACGAAGAUUUCGGGAGGCAGUUCAAGCAGAAUUUGCGUCUUAUGGGAUGCAGAAUAUGACUGUUGUUACUUCAGGUCUAUGCAAUGUUUAUACACAUUACAUUACCACCUAUGAAGAAUACCAGGCUCAGCGGUAUGAGGCAGCAUCUACAAUUUAUGGACCACAUACUCUGUCUGCUUACAUCCAGCUCUUCAGAGCCCUUGCUAAGGCCAUUGCUACGGACUCAGUAGCCAACCUGAGCAGUGGUCCAGAGCCUCCAUUUUUCAAACAACUGAUAACCAAUUUAAUUGCUAAUAUUGUGGAUAGAGCACCAACAGGGAAAACUUUUGGGGAUGUCCUGCAGCCCCUGGAACCUAAAUACAGAGUGGGAGAAGUUGCUGAAGUUACAUUUGUAGGUGCUAACCCAAAGAAUUCAGCAGAAAAUCGGACCCAUCACACCUUCCUCACUGUGGAGAAAUAUGAGGCCACUUCACAAACGUGGCAGAUAGUGCAUAAUGAUGCCUCCUGGGAGACUCGUUUCUAUUGGCACAAGGGAUUACUGGGUCAAAGCAAUGCAACAAUACAAUGGCAUAUUCCAGAAACUGCCCAGCCUGGAAGCUACAGAAUAAGAUACCUUGGACACUAUCGGAAGCAGGACUUUCUCAGACCCGCUGUCAUACUUUCAUUUGAAAGCACUUCUUCCACUUUUGAAGUUGUAACUACUUAGCGAAAAGUUGACAAAUCAUUUAAAGAAAAACUGUCCUCUGUAUAAUUUAUAUAAAUGAUUUCAUAUGAAUGUAAACCAUUAUGAUGACUUCUAUAAUUGUCCCUGUUUGGGGACAGAUAGUUUGCUGCUAAUGGGACAGAGGUGUGUGUGUGUCCCAUUUACCUUGCUCUAGCUUUUCAUCUCAUGGUCUACAGCCUAAAGCAUGAUCUUCCCCUGGGGACUUGUGGCUGUUUAAGGGACAAUUCCCCUCAAUAAGGAAUGUCUGAAAUGUUAGUAAGGUGGCUGAAGAUGUGUGAACAAUGUUUAAACUAUUUAUUUAUAGAAUUAUUGAAUGUUAGCACUGGAAAAGUUUAGAUCAUCUAGCUUGAUCUUUCAUUCACAGAUGGGAAAGAUAAAGUUCUAUGGAUUUAAGCUUAGCAUAAGGCUACAGGACCUUUCCCCCAGCCACAUUUAUAAAAUAUUAAAUAAACAUUGACCACAAAUAUACAAGCUCAAGUAGAGAAAAUGAGCAUACCAGUUUUUUUGUAUUGAGCAUAGCCUUUCAAAGCCAUUGCCCUGGAAUUGAUAUGCCUAAUCCAGAGUUUCGUUGAUGCUCAAAUCAUUUUUGGAAUUGCUUUCAGAGCCCAGUUAUGAGAAAGUCAAACUUGUAAUAUUUUGAUCAUGGCUCGUAUUUCCCUAAGUGCUCUUAUCCCAUUGAAUUGUGUCUCGUUCCCAGGACUUGUUUUAAAUGAUUUUUGACUUUUUUCACUAAUCAAAUUUACCCCAAAACCAUGAAGCUUUGCCAUUAGUAUAGAUAUUAAAAUGAAAGUGUUACUGGCUUGGAAUUGAGUCCUCAAAGGCGGCAGCUCUAAAUUCACUUAUGUAUUCUUUUAUCACUCAUUCUCACUCACUUAUGGGCCCAUCAAUCAUAGAAUAUUUGUUAAGACUUACUCUCGUGCCUAACAUUGUACUAGUGCCUGGCCUUGACAAUUAGUGAGAUCAUAUUUGGGAGGAAUGUAUAAGUGUCAAAAGAUGACGAUUUUGAAGGAGAAAAUAUUCGAUUCAACAUAUAAGUUCUGAGGAGGCAUUUACAAAUCAGUAAUCUUCGAGUCACAUCUUGUAUAUCAUCUGUGUUGCGUACUCUAAUUUGGAGGAAAGAGGUUCCAGAAUAUUUGGAAAAAGUUGUCUUGAAAGUUAUUUUGGGGCAUUAUGAAAUUCCCAGUCUAAUGUCCCAAAGAAUGAGAUAUAACAGCCUGAUAUCGAUUGCCUAAAAGUACUAAUUGCAUUUAAAAUUAUCCAAGUUAGGAGCUCCCAGGCUGCAAAGUAAAAUUUCCAAAAACCAAGUCAUACUUUUUGUAUGUGUGUAAAUGCUUUAGCGUUUUAGGGAAAAAUCACCUUUAUUUCAAAAACAGACUUUAAAGUUUGAAAAUAGUAAUGAUAUUAAUAAUGAUAACCUGUUAUCUAUUUAUGUAUGACUAAACAUGCUGUAUUUCAUUAGAACGAACCUGGAAUGGUUUUUGAUGACUCAGUGCUCUAGAGGCUGUUUCUGUGGAAGUUAACUACUGGAGAAUCAGCUAAUGACGAUUUCAAGGGGUAGUGAUCAUUUUUCCUAAUGACAUCACACAGUAUUUAGUAUAAAAGACCAGAGGCCUAAAAGAACAAGUGAUUCUGAAAGUAGUUGACCCUAGACAGAUAAAUUAUAUUAGAAUUGAUGAUAUAAUUUUAAAAAGUGUUUUUCGUGACUCAGAAGAGUUUUUGAAUUAUUUUCCACCACCUCCAUGAUUCCCAUUGAAGCUUUCCUCAAUUGGCCUGUGACUCUCUGUUGUUUACUUGCAGCGGUCCCAGAGGCACCCUUUGUAUUGCCUACUGAUGAUCUUUCUGCACCCAGCCCUCUGUCCAUCAGUACUCUUGGCCCUAAAUAACCACAGAAACCUGUUUUCUUGCUAGCUGCUACCUCUUCCAACUCAUGCAGUUCCAUUUCUGCAGUUUGUACAUAAAAGUAAGACCAGAUCCCUGCAUGAUAAAUACCAUAGUUCUUCACUUGAGCAUAAAGCAACACCAUGAAGAGGUUGGUCUGAUCUUUUAGUAUAAAAAUGUAGAUCCAAACUGUGUCUGUGGCUGCUGCUGGGAGUGGCUCAUUGGAGCCAAACAUGUAGAGAAAACUCCUGAAAUUGGUGGAGGAUGUGGAGAGAAGGGGGUUGGGUUGGUGAGAGAACACUUUUCGAGAAGAUUUUGUUUCUCAUGUCAAAGUGUCUGUAUUUUAUUUGUUGUACUCUGUCUGCUCUGGUUUUGAGGAUGCUGUGACUUCUUCAAAAAUUACCAAAUUAUCCCUCUUUAUUUUUCAAUGAGUAGUAUGUAAAUUUGCAAUAUUCAAAAGAAUGUUUGACGGUAAAUUAAUAAUUACACUUAGGAAAGUAUUUUCUAAUGAGAGGUGAUGGUGACAAAUGAACACUUCUAUUUUCUUUUUAAGAGAUGGAACAAAUGGUGGUGUAUUCCAUGUAAACCAGAUUGAAAAGUGAUAUAAAUGACGUCUGUAAGUAACCACCCAAGCAUGAGGGAACCACUUCAUCAGUUCCUUCCUGCCCUCCAAAGUUUUACUGGCAAAAUAUGUAUGGUUGACAUUUUUUACUACUAGGGCUUUUUUUUUUUUUCCUACUGAGAGUUUCCUAGGCAGGUAGUUAAUUAUAAAAUUGUUUUAUGAGCUAAUUCUGAACAUAGAGGCCAAGAAUGAAUAUCCUUUUCCAAUUUGCCCUCUUAUGCUUCUCCACCAACCUAAGCAAGCAAACUGUUCUUUUCUAAUAUUAGUACAUGGACAUCAUCUUUAGCCAAAAGAUUGCAUCAUUAGAUGAUCUUUUCAUGUCUUUAGUUCUUUCAAAUAAUGCUUUUGGUUCCUGGGUAUCCCAAUCUGACCUGCUGGUUUAUACUGGCUUUUGGAAUGUCAUGCCAUGUGUGAUGCCAGAGAGGAAAAUUAGCAUGUUCCCCAUACUAGUUAGAAUGCAUUCAUCUGUAAGUAACAAAAUAUUCUUGAUCAAAGGGGUCUAAACACUAAAGACAUUUACGAUCUCAUGUAGCAGUAAGUAUUGACAAGACAAAUUCAGGUUUGGCGAAGCCACUCAAUGAUGUUGCUGGCUUUUUUCUUAGCUUAUUAACUUUAAUUCUUAGGUUUGUCCUUUCAGUCAAAAAGUGGCCGCCUCAAGUCUUCAUGCAGUUGCAUGCAGCAGCAAAAAGGGAGAGGAGCAUUCUCCUCAGAAUCUCUUUUUGGAAGGUGAGAAAUAUUCACUAGAAACACAGGUAGAAUUUCCCUUACAUUUCCUUGUCCAGAAUUGUCACAGAGCCUCGAGGAAGGCUAAGAAAGAGAAUAUUUGGCAUUUUCUACCUCUAGAGAAGAAGGCAAGUUCUGAUAGCAAGAAAGAAGAGGUGGUGGAAGUAGCUGUGUUCUGUAAGUGUGCCAGCCAAAAUGAGUUUCCUAUGCUGCAACAUUAGAGAUUUACUUCUUGAUCUCACCACAUGUCGAUUGGGGUCACCUGGAGGAUUUCUCCUAUAUCUUCUCGUUCAUGGUCUCCGUCUGAUACAGGCUCUGAUUUAAAAUAUGCUUCUAUAAUUAGGGGAAGGAGACAUAUGCAUUCAUGAUUGGGGGAAGUAGCCAUGGGGAAUCAUGCACCAGCUCUUCAGCUUCUACCUGGAAGUGACACACAUCACUCCUCACAUUUCACUGUGUAAAGGACAGAAGCAGUGUCUUUGUGACCAGUCCUAGUGGUCACCACAAUAGGCAAGCAAUAAUAUGUGCAUAUCCAACUUAACGGACCUUUGAAAUAAUUGGAACUAGUUUUAUCUCAGGAAAUGCAUUUUAGAAAGAAUGCAUCUUAGAAUCCUGAUGAUGACAGAACUUGCUUUCUAUAUUACAAAAUGUAUGCAUUCAUUCAGCAAAUUUAUAUUGAACACCUAUAUACUUUGUGGCACGCAUUAUGCUAAGCCCUGAAGAUACAAUAAUGAUGAAGGCGCAGUAAGUUGUUACAAUCAAAGAACUUAAAGUUCAAUGGAAGAAGCAGACAGGUAAACAGGCAAUUCUGUACAGAGUGACUCAUACUGCUACAGUAGUUUGUGGUGUUGGAGAUGGCACCUUAAAUGGUCUUGGGUUACUACAGUAGGCUUCCUGGAAGAAAUAACAUCUAAGCUAAGACCUAAAGGAUAUUAGCUAGGAGAAAGAUAAUGGGGUGUGUGUGUGUGCAUGGGUUGUUGACAUGCACGUGUGCAGGACAAGUAGACUAUUCCAGGUAGAGAGAAUGCCGAGUGGUUUAUCAAGGCUGUAGUUAGGGUGCAAGGGAGGAGUGGUCAGAGAUGGAGCACUAAACUUUGCCUUCAUAAAUAGCAAUUUGGUUUUAUAUUUGUAUUAGCAUUUUCCCCGCUUGAGACUUUCACUUAUAACAUAUGUGCUUGAAUGUAUUUUCUCUUUGCUUUACUAAUAAAACACAUCUUUUAUAACCAAGGAAACUGAUUUUUGUUCCCAGUCUCCAGUGACAUUGGGUAUCACCCUUCUGUCUUCAUGGGCUGUAACCGCGUCUCUUGGAAUUGAAUUUAUUAAGAGACUUCUUUUGCUUCUGUCCACUGAUGUUUCCAAAUCUUGAUUUCCUUUUGGUUUUUGUAUCUACUAAGUUGGAAAAUACAGCCAAUAAAGAUCACUCUCUCCCUUUA